AUGCCAUUUCAUUUAUUGCGAGAUACAGUUGAAAAGUAUCAGAGAAAGAUUGACUUGGAAAAACGUCGACUCGAAGAUUUUGAGAAACAAACUAAAGUCCUCACAGCCAAAAUGCUGGACAUGCAAUCAUCACGCGGAGGGGUCAAUGCUUGCAAAGAAGUCGAUCGAUCUGUACAAAAACAAAUAAGAGUGCUUGAAAAUCGACUUGACAAGGCCCUGAUCAAGUUCAAUGAAGCGCUAGCAUAUAACAAGAAGUUGAGAGAGGAGAUCGACAACUUGAGGCGUGAAAGAGUCAUUUUUGAUCAAAUCAAUGCAAAACUAGCCAAAGAACUUCAUGAGAAGAAGAAAGAAAUGGCCCAAAUCAUUGAAAUUUCAAACAUCGCCUAUGAGGCUCGUGAUCAGGCACAAAAUGAGAUGUCGCUCUUGAAAGCCCACGCCGACAAAGAACAAGCUCAAUUCGAACAGGAAUGGAGAGAGCUUGGAAGAGUUCUGGAACAGGACAGGAGGCUGAAAGAAAGAAUGGCCGGGCAGGAAAGAAGUCGAAGUGCUGAGGACGACAGUGCAGCUCUGCGCAAAACGCUGGUCCGAGGCAGCUGGAACACAGCCAAGGACAAAGCAGCUCAAAAAGCCAAUCUUGAUCGCGCUCAAAGCUUUGAGGAAGCUUUCAACGAGAUAAAGAAUGCGACUGGCAUCGACAAUAUCGACGAGCUUGUUCAAACGUUCAUCGAUGCUGAAGAUCAAAAUUUCUCUCUAUUCAACUACGUGAACGAAUUGAAUAAUGAGAUCGAGAAGCUGGAAGAGCAGAUUGCUGACAUCAAGACAGAAAUUGAAAAAUACAAGGGACAAGGUGGCCAGAAUGAUCGCCAGAGGAAGAAAUUACUCAAGGACCUCGAAGACCGUCUUGCCAGCACGGAGGCGAGAGCAGAACAAUACGAAGCAAAGGCUCUCAAAGCUGCCAAGACUGUCAGCCAGCUGGAGCAAGGCAUUCAAAGCAUAUUCAACAAGAUCGGAUGUGACAAAGCAGCUCUGAGUGACAUGCUGGGUACCACCGGAGUCACGGAGUCCAAUAUGAUGCAGUACCUUGGGAUCAUCGAGCAGCGGACCAACGAACUGCUUCAAAUCUAUCAGAAGACUUCGAAAGACAAGGAAGGAUCUGGAGAUGUCGUGGCUGUCUUUGGCCAAGGACCUGCCGCCCCAGCAGGAAGCACAGUAAUCAACAUCGACCCUCCAGUGAUCGGCGACGAAGAUGAAACGGAGGAAGAGAGUGAUGAAGAUGAGGAAAGACCAUUGAGUCGCGAUGAGUUGAAGGCUAAAACGCUAAGGGGAUUGACCAAGAGAGAAGGACAGCAGUUGUCUAAGCAGCAAAAGCGAAAGAUGCGCAGAGAGAAAGCCAAGUAA